UAGUAUUGUUUCUUAAUCAUUUAUACUUUCUUCCUGAUAAACUUAAGCUCUCUCCCUCUCUUUCCUCAAUGAUUCGUCAAAGUAGAAUCUUCAAUCUCUAGUUUGGAUCACUUUCGGAUCUAACCGUGGAUCGAGCAACCUCUACCGUUUUCAACUAUUAUAUUGAUGCUUGUCAAUCGCUUCCCAACCUGGUUCUAGAUCUUUGAUUGUUUUAAGUUCAAUUUGUUUAUGAAAAGUUGGGGAUUGAUUUAGAUCUGCUUCUAGCCUCCAAGAUUUCUGGAUUAUGUACUCUUAAGUACUAUCUUUGUUAUAAAAUUCACCAAAAGUCAACCCAGUUUACAGAUCUUGGUUCCUUUGAGCUUUUAAUAGCAUUCAAUGGAUGUGGAAAAAAAAUUGUAUAAAGAUGUGUUUCUGGAGUUGCUUGCCUGCUGCUCUUGUUGUUAGAUAUGAAAGUGUGUCCAUAAAAAUUCAACUUUCCUUAACUAGAUAUAUGUGUUCCGACAACUGUGGAAUUCAAGAAAAAAAUCAUUUCUCUGCUUCAAACUUUAUUGUUUCUUCCAAGCGAGUCUGUUCUUGUUCAGUACUGGGCGGCAAAGGAAAUUGGAAACACUGUUGUGCUUACGACUACAUGUCAGCCUUUUGGCCUUUGGGGGAACAACAAAGAACUUCAGUCAUACCAUAAAGGUUGUUCAGACCACAAACUCUAUGUACAUCCUAAGGAAGGGGUAGCAUUUGGUCUUUCUGGCCGUGUGUUCCUGAACCGUACUCAUGAGCAGACUCGAGAUAUCCAUAGAUAUCCAAAAUAUCAGCGUCCUCCAUGUGAAGAUGCUAUUUUUACUAAGAUAUGGGGAUCCUUUGCUGUACCUGUGAUUGAAGCUGAUAAAUGUGUUGGUGUACUUGAGUUUGUCAUGGAUACACCAAAGGAUUCUUCUGACAUUAUUGGUGCAGUUUACAGUGCACUUGAGCAUGCUGGUUUUCGAUCUCAUGACCGGGUCGACAUUAAUUUCCCAAGAAGGACCAUCGAUGACCCAAAAAGGUUACGCAGAACAAAAUCAUUUGAAAUUACCAAGUAUUGCUGUCUUGUUCCAUAUUUUGGACUGGGUAGUGCCCAUGUUGCAGCCAUGCUUGGAGUCAAAACAAGCACCUUUAGAAAUGCUUGUAGAAAUGUAGGAAUUCCUGAGUGGCCAUGGAUACCAAGUAGUACAACUAAUAGAGCUUCUUCUGAUCCUGAAUCUCCAAUUACACCAACGACAUCUGAAACUAGUUAUUUUCCAACUUCGAUUGCUACAGAGAGCAUGCCCUACAUCUGGAACAUGGGAAUCAAUAACUGGUCACCUGUACAAACUAUGAUUACUCAAGCACCUUUCUCGGAAUAUCUAACCAACCAAAUGGAUUGUGAUACUAGUCCUUUUGGAACUCUAAUUGCUACACAAUAUGGUUCUAUUGGAUUUCCAGCAGAAACCGAGUACAUGGCAUCUGAUCCCGGUUCUUUUGGGGCUCCAGUUUAUAUAGAUCACAUGCCUGACCUUUCUUAUUUGAUCCCCGACUGGAAUGUCGGAAGUUGUGAGUCACCGUAUACACAAAAUACGACUUCCACCGAAGCAUCUCUCUCUGAGUACAUAGCAUCUGAUACUAGUUCUUUUGGAGAUCAAAUUGCUAUGGAGUACAUGUCUGACCUUUCUUAUCUGAUACCUAGAUCCAUUUCAAAACGGACAUUGGAAUUUUUUAUUUGUCAACCAUGACUACCGAAGCAUCUUCUCCAGAAACUCAAAUCAAUCAAAUAGGAUCUGAUACCGGUCGUGCUAAAUCUUGGAAUAUUGAAUUUGAACGUGAUCGUCCUGAUUUCAUGUUAGAAUUUGAAAUGGAAUGUCCUGAUCUGGACUUGGACACUCGCGGCUUUUUUUAAUUAUAAAAAAUAGAACAGCCUUAACAUAAUGUUUUACUGCUAAUUAGCACGAAAAUAGAUUAAACUAUAAAUAGAGUUGGAGUUUUGUGUUAAGCAAUGUAAAUAUGAAAUAAAUGUUAGUGUUCUAUGUAACUUCAGAGAUACUAUUGAUUUGAUCUCUGGCAGGUUGUGUAUAACUCUUCAAUUUUGUAACAUCAAUUUGAACGUGUUUUAGGAACUUA